AUGGGAAGCAGCAGUAAGAGCAUAAACGACGAAUCAUUGUCUCAAUCCUGUGAAUCUGGUCGAGAUGAAGAACGACAAAAGAAAUCUGGAUUGAUUUGCACUCCAGCUCUAAUGCUGAUUACUGCAAUAGCCAUCAUUGCUAUUCUUGUACUCUCCUGCGUUUCAACCUAUCUGAUCACUCGAGCACAAUUCAAACACCUCUCUGAGGUUAAAAAUCACACCCAAAGCAGAGAAAAGUUACAAAAGCCGACCUUUUCCAUCAUGGAGGAGCUACGACUUCCGAGAAAGCUAAAACCAGUAUUCUACAAUCUUGUCAUCAAAGUCUACCUUCCUUUCUAUGUGGACUUCCCAGCCGAUAAGAACCUCACAACUGAUGGAGAAGUGGUCAUUGAUAUUGUUGUCCUGCAGCCAACGAAUGAAAUCAUUUUGAACAUGAAGGAGAUUCGUUUUUUGUCAGACAAAUGCGAGGCCCAAUCAAAUGGUGCGCAUAUUCCUAUCACAAGCAUAAAGGUUGACGACCAUCUCGAAAGAGUAGUUUUUAUAUUGGCUGAGACACUAGAUGUUAACCAAAAUGUGAGGCUGAAGGUGAUCUUCAGAGGUGUUAUUAACGAUGGACUUUCUGGAAUGUACCGGACCUUCUUUGAGGAUGCACAAGGAAAAAUGAAAAUCGCUGCUGUGACGCAGUUUGAGUCAGCAGAUGCACGACGGAUGGUGCCUUGCUUUGAUGAGCCAGCAUAUAAGGCGGCAUGGAAUGUAACUGUUAUUCAUCCUAAAGGAACAACAGCAAUUGCCAAUGGUUUCGAAAUCAGUGAAACAUUGGAGCCAGAUGGGAAGUGGAAAGUAUCAACAUUUCGACAGACGCCUGUGAUGUCCUCGUAUCUCGUCGCCAUAUUUGUAUCAGAGUUUGAUUUUGACGAGUCCUACACAAAGAGAGGCGUCAGGUUCCGUCUGUGGUCCCCUCCGAAGGACAAACCCUUGAGAAAGUAUGGUUUAGAAACAGCAGUCAUUUUUAUGGAAACGUUUGAGAAAUAUUUUGGCAUUGAAGAUGUCGUCAUGAAACAAGAUUUGGUUGCAGUAGAAGAUUUUUCUGCGGGUGCGAUGGAAAACUGGGGUUUAAUAACAUUCAGCGGGGAUAUUUUGUUGUCCUUAUUUUCUCUUUUAAUGGAAGAUUCAGUACAACGAAAAGUUAUAGCUCAUGAGCUCGCUCAUCAAUGGUUUGGUAAUUUGGUCACCAUGAACUGGUGGGAUGAGUUAUGGCUCAAAGAAGGUUUCGCUAGUUACUUUGAAAACAUAGAACUGAAUGAGAACAGGGACAUGCGAAUUAGCAAAACCGAGCACGUUACCAGUUUUAAUUCCCCAAUGAAGAAAGAUUCCCUUGCUGCAAGUCGUCCACUUUCUUCUAUUAUAGACAUACCAUUGGAGAUAUCCGAGUCCUAUGACAGCUUAUCUUAUUCUAAAGGAGGCAUUAUCAUUGCCAUGAUCCGUGACGUUGUCGGAGAGCAAAAUUUCAGGAAAGCAUUAAUUCACUACCUCAAAAAAUUCUCCUUUGAAAACACACGCGGCAAUGAUCUCUGGAAAGCUUUCGACGAAGCUGUCGAAGGAGUCGAGGGUCCCGACGGAGGAAAACUGAGUAUGGUUGAUUUCGGACCUCAGUGGUCAAAACAGAUGGGUCUUCCUCUUGUGACGGUCGAGCAUUUUAAUUCUACAACGUUGAAGAUAGGACAGGAAAGAUACAUGAAAGUUCCUCAUGCAGCUGAACUACAGAAGUAUAGAAAUUCAGCGUACGGGUACAAAUGGGAUGUUCCUCUAUGGUAUCAGUGGGAUGACAAACAAGUAUACUACAAGUGGUUAAAAAGAGAAGAACCUUUGUAUUUGGAUCGGAAAGAAGCACCCAUAGUUAUAAAUGUGGAUAGGCGCGGAUAUUUCAUUCAAAAUUACGAUUCUGACGGUUGGAAGAAGAUCACAAGACAGUUCGAAAAAAACCAUGAGGUUUACAGCCCACACACAAGAUAUACAGUCAUCAGCGACGCCUUUAGUGCUGCUUUAAUUGGUCAGCUAGACUAUAAAACUGUAUUCGCACUGUUGAAAUAUUUAUCUAAAGAAGAGGAUUCUUUGGUGUGGAAUGCGGUAACUAGAGGGUUUGAUACUAUAAAAAAUCUCUUAGGCGACGAAAGUGGAAGAAAGUGGGUUGACCUUUACUCCAAAAAGAUAAUGGAAAGAAAGUACAGGAGUGUGUACUCUAAGUAUAUAAGCGGUGAAUUCGAAACACAUGGAAAUAGUGGUAGAGCAUUGCACCAAGCUCGACGAUACGGGAAAAAGAAGCAUUACAAGAGUACCUCUGGAAUGUCGAGAUAUUCAUCUUCUUUAAGACUAAAAUUUGCGACGUCCGUGAUUGAGUCGUACUGUGAGGCUGGAUCAAACAACUGUUCAUCGACUUUUCAAUCACUUUUUGAAAGAGGAGUUCUUGAACGAUGCACCAAAGGCAGAAAAGCUAGCCAAUGUGUCAAGAUUUCAAGCCAUCUUAGAAAGCUCACUUACUGCUACGGAGUAAAGCAAAUAGGGACUGCUGCAGUAGAAAAGGUAAAGGAGUUAUACAACAAUGAAGACAAUAGAUAUGAAAAAGAUAAUCUUGCAAAGGGGAUGGGAUGUGCGCAAAAAAUUGAAGAAUUGAAGAGUUUGCUACGAGACGAGAUUAAGAAGACCGAAAGGAAUGCCCAGCGUAUUGUUGACGUAUUUGUUACCGUGUCAGUCAAUCCAGUUUCGCGGGAAUUUCUAAUUAAUUUCUUAAUAGAGAACUGGGAAGCAAUCUAUGAGAAGUUAGGAAAUCAUAAUAAUCAUGGGCAGCUGUCAGCAGUAAUUGGAGCGUGUCUCGGUGGCAUGCAUUCGAACGCGGAGAUAAUGCUAGUGAAACUCUUUCAAAAAAGCAAUCCCAAUGCACAACAAUUCAGAAUCAUUAAUGAAAGGAUCGAAGAAGCUGAACAUACGAUAGCGUGGCUCAAAAAACAUUCACAAAAGCUUAUCGAAUUUUUUAAGUCUGAACUUGGUCAGACCGAGACAUUUUUCUGA